AAGUUUCCGGUUUGUAGUGUUCUCAUGCCGAGUUGAACCUGCUAACUGCUUGCAUAAUAUUUCUGUUUUGGGGAUUUACACUCACCGUUUUUGCUUUUCAUAAAUAUUUGACUCAUGAUAUCGUGAAGGAUGGUCCUCUACAUCGGCAGUACACUACUGAGAACAGUGAGGAAUGUGUCCGCGAGACAUUCCCCUGCCCCUUGGAACUGUCUGUUUAAAGUGCCAGGACUCUCAUUUCACUCUUUUACAAGGAAUUUAAAUCGAAAUAUCUUUAGUGACUUUAACAUAAAAUGCAAUAAGCCUGGACAGAGACUUGGUAUAACGAAGUGUGUACGAUUUCACUCUACAAAGAAACCGGACUCCGGCUGGAUGGACAGGUUACGCUAUUCCACCGCGGUAAUUAUUGUUAUGACUGGAGCUACCGUCUUGUCCGUCCCUCUGUAUCGAGUCUUUUGUCAGAAAUCAGGAAGGGGAGGUAAGGCCAUUCAGCUAGGCAGUGAGAAGGUGGAGAAUAUGAAGCCCCAGGACCGAGUGAUCACAGUCAAAUUUAAUGCUGAUUUGUCUGCUCAGAUGCAGUGGCGGUUCAGACCUCAACAGAAGGAAAUUCAGGUUCGUGUUGGGGAGACAGCCUUGGCAUUUUAUACUGCAAAAAAUCCCACUGAUAAACCCAUUAUAGGAAUUUCCACCUACACCAUAGUUCCCUUUCAGGCUGGAUACUAUUUCAACAAAAUUCAGUGUUUUUGCUUUGAGGAACAGAGGUUAAACCCUGGAGAAGAGGUGGAGAUGCCGGUAUUUUUUUACCUUGACCCGGAUUUGCUGGAUGACCCCAGGAUGGCCAAUGUGGAUGAUAUUGUUCUUUCCUACACAUUCUUUUCAUCAAAAGAUCAGGAAAUCAAAUAUCCAGGCCAGCAGGUCAUACCCUCCACCGGUUCUUAGGACAGAUGCUUGUAUCUUGGAUUAUUUCAAAAACAUUUGUAGUUAAAACUGGGACAGAUGUAACAAAGCCAUCAGGUCAUAUCUUUUACUGUGUGGAUGUUCAAUGUAAUUAAUGUACCUGUUUUUAAACUGUGUGUAUGAAUUUUUGAGAAUUCUAUAUUUAGUUUGUACAGGAGAACUUGUGUACAUUGACUUUGUCAACAGUCAAGUGACAUUGUUUUCAUGAUCUGUGUUAUAUGAAUAAGAUUUAUUCCAUGUUUGGAAUAUGGAAUUAUUUGAGAAAAGGAUUAAACAAAAACUGUGAUAUAAGUUACCCUA